AAAACGAAAAAAAAGACAGAGAGACAAUUAAUGGGUUCUCUACUAGAACUUAUGGCUCUCUUGAUCAUGACUAUGUGUGUGAAUGUAAUAAUAAUACGUGGCGCUCAACAUGCUAUGGCUCCAAAGCCAUCAGGUUUCGACAACCCAAGAACGACAGUAAUGAUACAUAAUGAUCUUGAAGGUCCUUUGCCGCUGAGAUAUCAUUGCAAAUCAAGAGACGAUGAUCUUGGAGACUGGACCAUGCCACCAAAUGGAACGUGGUCGUUUAAAUUCAGACCAAGUAUUUUUGGGAACACUUUGUUCUUUUGCAGUUUUAGAUGGGAACAGGAGUUGCAUUAUUUUGAUAUCUACAAACAGAACAGAGACAGAGAAUUCGCCAAGUUUGGAUGUAGGAAAUGCCAAUGGAAGAUAUACAAAAAUGGACCUUGCAAAUUUAACAAAAAGACUAAAAUGUUUGAUGUUUGUCUUCCUUGGAAUUCUCCUGAUAACAAUUAA